CGCCCCUGCACCAGCGCGGCGGGCAGCGGCGGAGCGGAGCCCGGCGGAGCCGACAGCCCGGCCCGGCCGCCGCCGACCCCCGUCGCCCCUGUCGGCCUCCUCUCGGCAGGAUGGAGGAGAGACCCGUCUGAAAAUCUGUUCCAUUGUGAACUUUGCUGUGGUCUGCUAGAAUGUUCCUUAUGGAUGCUCCUCCUCUGGUAGCUCUUCAGACAAAAUGGGAGUCCUUUGGACCAGCAAGGAAUUGUAGAUACCCCGUUUGCUUCCCUGAAUCCGACAGCAACGUCACCAGAACCUCCGUGAGCGCCAAAGUUCAGAUGAUCAUAAACAACCUGCAAAGCCAAGAGCCUGCCCUGGGUAUGAACAAUGAGUGUGGCUGUGUUAUGCAGAAAAAACAGAAGGGAGGAAAAGGCACCAGUACCAGAGUCACAUCCAGCACCACGCUGCUGCGGAAGCAUCCUCAGUACACCCAGUGUGGGUGCCCUGAGGAUUCUGACGGCAGCCAAGCAGAAGGGAAUGUAGAGUUUGGGACUCUGCUGCUCGAUUCUGACAGCGACGAUUCUGUGGACCGAGGUAUAGAGGAAGCCAUCCAAGAGUACUUGAAAACAAAAAGCAAAAGUGCCCAGUCGUUGCCAAGGAAUGCAGAACGUUCUGAGAACCUGAGCAGGGACAAAAGGUUUAAGAGAGAGUUCUCCCAGAAGAAAGUGGCAAGUAACCUCCUCCCUGUGAAAUUUAAAGCAGAGAUGCUCUCUGAAGAGUACCUGUCUGACCACCUGGCAAUUGGGAAAAGGCUUCAGCCCGCUUCCCCUCAGAGCAUCAGCAGCGAUGACUCCUUUGAUCAGAGCAUACAAGCUGAAAUAGUGCAGUUCUUGAAUGAGAAGAAGCAGCAAGAAAUGAGCAAAUGUGUUACCGAGGAGGAUAAAAAGGAUUCCCGUGUGAGAUCUGUCCUGAAAUGCAACAAAGAAGCAACAAACAGAACAAACUGUGGUGCUAUAAAGCAAGGUUGUAAUGCACUGCUCCUGAGACACCAUCCCAAACUGCAGAAGUCCAGUGCCCAGUCCAAGUGUUUGCAGUCAAAAAUCCAAGCAGAGCCCAGUGAUUUCAGCCAGGUGAGCCAAGCAUAUCUAGAAAUGGCCACUGCCAGCCAGCCUUGGCUCGUGGAGCAGAAAGAGGGAAGUGGAAGUCAUUACUGGGAGCCAAGGGAAGCACUCAUCAAGGAGAGCAUGCACACAUCUGACUCAAGCAGCGAUGAUGGCAUCGAAGAAGCCAUUCAGCUUUACCAGCUGGAGAAAAUCAGGAAGGAGGCAGGUCAUGCAGCAAACUGUGUCCCUUUGCAGAGGGAACCAUUUGAUCCAAAGGGUAUGGCAGACAUUUCUGCCAGCCUGACAAUUAGCUCCACAAAAAGUGCCUCACCAGAAAUCCAUAAAAACCCUAUAAGCAACAAGAGAAAAGAAGUUAAUUCCACGUCAACGGGAUUAGAAAGCACCAGCAAUGAUUUUAAUAAGCUGUUUAAACCACUGAAAAAAGCCAGACAUUUCGCACUUCCAGAAAACAAGAUUACUGCUUGUGAGCUCACAUUGCAGGCCUCUUGCAGAGCAGACACAUCUGCAGAACUCAUGUGUGCAGAAGCUAUCCUGGAUAUUUCCAAAACAAUCAUGCCAUCCCAAAUGGGAAGUGACAACAAAUCCCUCACUGCAGACUCCUUCUUUUCUCCCCAGCUUCUCUCGUCCUCCCGUUGUGAAAGUGACAGCAGCCUUGUGGACAGUGAUGACAGCAUAGAGCAAGAAAUCAGGGCAUUUUUGGCUCUGAAAGCACAGUCAGAAAACCUUGGAACAAAACCUCCCAGCCUGUCACGCUCCAUGCACAUGCCUUUGCCUUCUGAUCCAAACAACCUCACUGAGACCCUUGAGCCUGCUCUGCCCAAAACACUGAAAUUAUCCCUGAGUCGGAAAAGGAGACUUAAAAAGGAAGGCAGAACAGCAAAACAAGGUGGGUCAAAACUACCUGAACAGCUGGAGCCAGGACUUUUCCAGCCAGGUAACUGUUCCAAAUUCCCAGUGCUCCCAGAGGAGCAUGCCCUGAGCAGCCCUGCAGAACUCCGGGAUGCACAGAGUCACAAAGACUCGAGGCAGCAGCAGCUGAUUUCUCCCAAAUCUUCUGGCUCUGAUGGCAGCAGAUGUGUGGCCUUGGACUCUGCAAAUCCUUUUCUGCAGGUUCAGAGCAGCACAAGAAAACCUACAAAAAUCCCCAUCCAAACCCCAGAGAGGGAGGGGUCGGGUGAUGAGAGCAGCUCUCUGGACAGUGAUGAGGACCUGGAUUCUGCUAUCAAGGACCUGUUACAGUCUAAAAGGAAGUUAAAGAAGAAAUCCAAGGACCAGAAAGCUCAGUGCAAGAAGAAAGUCAGAUUCACUGAGACAGAAACUCAGCUGCUGGAUGAGUUCAGUGGCCUCCAACAAAAUGAGUGGAAAUGUAAAAAUCCCUCACUGCUGAAAAGCUGCCUCUCAAAACCUAGGAAAGCUGUGAAGGAGAAUGCAGUCAGGAAUCCUCCAGACAACAUCAAACUUCCCAAUGACAAGCCAGAAACCGUGAAAAACCUGAAGUUUAACUUACAGCAUAAAAAAGGCAAUAAACAUAAACCAGUUUCAAACCAGCGGGGGGCUAAAAAUAGAAAAUGUGCUUUCCCAGCUGUGUCAGAUGCCAGUGACAGCAGCUCAGUGGACAGUGAUGACAGCAUCGAGCAGGAAAUCAGGAGGUUUUUGGCAGAAAAGGCUAAAGACUCUGCAAGCAGUUCAGAGAUGCAAAAAGGUGAUGCAAGUCUGGACCUACUUAGAGCAACCAAACAAAGUGGUAAUAAAGGAAAAGCAAAGCAGCAGCUGGUGGAAAAUGAGAUCGACCUCGUGCCGGGUCAGAGUAAAAAGACUGAGGUAGCUCAGCAAACUGAGGAGGUGAAGAACUCUCAGAGAACAGAAGGGAAAAGUGCAAUUUUAGCUGGCAGUGGAAAAUGUGCUUCCUCUGCAGAGAAUGUUCCUACUACUGCUCAGUCAAAAGCUAAGCAAGGACUGGGGGGGGUCAGAGGUGGUGCUGCUGAGGAGUUACCUGGGAGUGCAACAGGUAAAAGGAAUGUCCGUAACACAGAGCCCCCAAAACCCAGCAGAAAUGAAGGAUGUAAAGUGAGAAAAGUCAUGAAUGCAAAGCCCAGAUCUAAAAGGAAGAAUACCUUCCAACUAAAAAUCUCAAGUAAAUUUAUUGCAGGUCUGAAAUAUGCCCGGGACAGGAAGAAAUUGAUGCUUUUGAACAAAAAGCAAAAAGCAGAGUGUUUGCUCAGGCAGAGCAGUGCCUUGGGAAUGGAGGCAUCUUCCCAGGACACAGAUGUACUAAACCCCUUGCCAAAAGGCAAAUUUAGUGGGGAAAUUACACCAGCAAUAAAAGAAGCCAGUUCUCAGAAACUCAUUGUGGGAGGGGCGAGUCCCCAAGUAGCAGAAAGCUGUGCAGGAGCUGAGUGUCUCCAAGAGGCAGCUGAGGGUUGCAGGAAGGCUGAGGCUCCAGGGGAUCAGUCCCACUCCUGCCUUCCCUCACAGGAACAGAGUGUGGCAGCAGGAAAAGCUGAUAAGGUUUGCAGAGGAACCUCCAGAGCUGAGAACACCCAGAUGUGGAUCAAGGAAGGAGAUAUCCAGCGAGACAACUGGGCUGACUCCACUGCAGAUCCCCCACACCCUGAGUGCAGUGUGGGAAAAGCAGAUAAAGCCAGCAGAGAGCCAGCUCAGCAGAGUGCUCAGGAGGACAGUAAGGGAGGGAAUAACCAGCUGGACAAGAGGCCAGAUCCAAGUUUAGCUUGCCCAAGGCAGGAAUUCAAUGUGACAGCAGCAGCAGUGCAUGAUAGUGGAGGAGCAUGUGCAGAUCACAGUGUGCAGAUGUGCAUUAAGGAAGAAAAAGUUGACAGGCAGGGAGAAAUUCAGGUAUCCAGCUUGAAAAUGGAAGGAAAAAUACCUGUCCUGCAGAACAGGGAAGCUGCUAGUGAAGUACACCAAGGGCAGGAAUUUUUAACCAAAACCUGUGCAAAAUUCACUGACCUACCUGCAGGGGACUGUCCAGGUUCCCUCUUGGAAAAAAAGGUUUCAAAUAUGUAAGUACUUUUUUUUUUUUUUUUUUU